AUGAAUGUAUUGGAAGAAGGGUUAGCAGUAAAUCCAAGCUGUUCCUGCAUACGCUUCACGUCGACAUUCGGCAAAGAGCGCGGAACUUUCAGCAGCCCGGAUUAUCCACGCCCGUACCCUGCCCAUAUCGGCUGCCUCCUCUACACUUUCAUCGCCGGCCCACAUCAGAUCGUAGAGGUCGUUUUCACUGACUUCGACAUCCACAAGGAACACCUUGAUUGUGCCCGUGGGGACUUCCUAAAGGUGUAUUGGGAAGUGCAAGGUCCCGGUCCUCCCGGCGCUAUAAACGAGCGGUCAGCCUGGGCAAGGGAGCUGUGUGGCAGCAGAGCGGAUGCCCCAUCAGCACUAUACUCCCCCGGACAAACCAUGGUGCUGGAGUUCCAUUCGGGCCCAAAGCAAAACAACGCCACCGGCUUCGUCGGCACCUUCAGCUUUAUCGACAAACGGACACCAUUAUCUAGUUCCCAAAAAGAAGGAAAACUAGCUAUAAACCCGGAACGCUGCCUCCGUUCAGGCGAGAGCCAGGCACCUGCGGCCGAACCGGCACCACACGUAUUGACUUGUCAUUCCUGUGGAACCUGCCGGGGAGGAGGAGAGGGUGGCACGGGUUCUGGGCAAGCCCGUGCUGCCAUAAAGUCGUCUGACCCAGGCGUAGUAGCAUCCGCGGAGAGGUCACUUCGCCCACCUGCCUUACAGGUGGAAAACAACACGGGAAGUGGCAGUACCGGUUGUAAGUCAGCACCAAUAGGUGUAAGUGCGGGCGCCAGGGGUAACUUCCGACAG